AUGGAUCCAUUAUCGCUCGCUGCCAGUAUUGCUGGCCUGGUGAGUCUCGCGGGUGCUGUUAUAUCAGCUGGCUAUAAGUUGAACUCGAAGUUGAAUGAGGAUACGAGCGAUACAAAGACGCUGGUUAACGAGACAGCCAAUUUCUCGGGCAUCUUGCUGGGUGUAAAGGCACACCUAGAGUCCUUUCACACUCUCGAUGUCGAUUUGGAGGCUGUUCACAACACCAUUGAAGACAGCAAGCUUACGAUAAAGCUUAUCGAUGAGUUAUUAGCCAAGCUUUCAAAGUCAAAUCGCAUUGAGAUGUUGAUCAAAGCUGGUGGACGGGAGGAGCAGGCCGUGAAGUUACUUCGACGUAUUGAGCAGUACAAGAUGUUCUUUGUCCUAUGCUUUCAGCUUGAGCAAAGCUCUCAAUCCGAAACCCUCCAGAUCCAGAUGGAGGGGAUUGUGACUCAGUUGAAGUCAUUAGGCGAAACUCAGAAGGGCGUUGAGAAGGCAGUUGUUCAGCAACAAGAAAAGAUCAUCAAGUGGCUUGGCACACCAACAGAAGAUGAGCACGAUGAUCUAUGCAAGCAACGAGAUACGUCAUCGGCUGAGUGGAUUUUGAAGAGGGAAGAAUUCAACAAUUGGUUAUCCUGUCCAGGUUCAGCAUUAUUAUGCCUUAACGGAACACAGGGUUCAGGGAAGUCGGUGGUUAUAUCCAAGGUUAUCGAAUCGCUGCAAGAGUCUACGCUUGAGCCUGGAAGUAAUGCUGUAGUUUACCACUACUGUCGCUUCACCAACCCAUCCAGUCUUUCGCCUACGAAUCUAGUCGGGUCGCUCAUAGGUCAGCUUCUCAAACAAUCUUCCAACACUAGCGCCCUCUUGGAAGUUGUGAAUAAUGUCUACGAAAAACAUCGCAAGCGAUCUGCUCACCCAAGUCUCCAAGACCUGCAAGCUCUAUUCACUGAUCUCUCUAAUUACUUCGAGAGAGUUCUCCUUGUCAUCGAUGGCUUGGACGAAAUGAGUGGCUACUGGGAGAUCUUGGACUUUUUGGAGACUCUACCCGAGGUAAAUAUUGAGUUCAAAGUUCUGAUAGCGAGCAGAGCUGGAAUGGGUCUCGAAGAUGCCUUUUCAUCAUGCUUCAGAAUCGCAAUCAUGUCGACAGACGUUGCAUCAGACAUUGAGAGCUUGGUCCGCAAAAAGCUCAGUAAGCGCCGAUUUCGCGGAUCUGAAGUUGAGGCGGUCAUCAAGGAGCUGAUUGUUCGCGCUGAUGGAAUGUUUAUAUGGGUUAUAUGUCAGAUUGAUCAUCUUUCCCGCGUCCGAACAGCUCUCAGUCCAAAGCUUGUGCAGGCCCUGCCUCGCAACCUCGAGAAGACCUUCGAGCAGGCCUUUCAAACUCACGAAGAUGAAGAAGAGAAAAUGCUUGCCAAGCGUAUCUUGCAGUUUGUCAUGUUUUCUAAUAAGCCCCUCGACUUAUCAGAAUUGGUUGAAGGAAUCGCCGUUACGUCGGACACAAGGACCCUCGACGAUGUGAAGUCAAAUUCACUGCGUGAAAAGAGCUACGUCUUUGAGCUCUGCGGGAGUUUGAUUCGAGAGUCUCAGGCAACAUCAAAGAUUGAUCUGGCACACUACUCCGUGUAUGAGUUUCUCCAAUCACCCAGGCUAGAGGGAAACAGGGAUAAUGAGCUAUAUCUCGAUAGGUCUGAUGGCAAUAUCGAGCUUCUCACGGCUUGCAUUCAGUAUCUGACCAUUGAGAGCGUUUCGGCUGGUGGCAUUGUCGAAGAAGUAGAGGCUGCGCUAGAGGAUGACGAUCUAUACAUCAGUCCCGAAGUCUUUACCAAUACGCCAUUCCUCCAACAUGCUGUUAGCAACUGGCCAGCCUAUGCUUCCAAACUUUCAGAUGCCGAUCUUAAAGAUAUUUGGACCUCUGUUCUACUUCCGUUCUUCGAACCUAGUUCGAAAUACUUCAAGUUCUGGGUAUGCAGAGCACGCUAUCUUCACGGAUACUACAAGUAUCCUCCGGGAAUCACACCACUGCACGUCGCUGCUGCCCAUGGGCUGCCAAGUCUGGCAAGAAUCCUUUUGGAAGAUAGCCAUCUUAGCAAAGCGACUUGGCAGAUAUCGAAAGCCAAAGUGGGGAGCAGGACGCCGCUACAUAUGGCUAUCGAGAACGAUCAAAACUCGGUGAUUGAUCUUUUUCUGGGACUUGAUCUUAUCGACUCAACAGAUGAAAGAGGUAGAACCCCCUUACAUCUAGCUAUCGAGUGUGCAAACGAAGAAGCUGUCAGCAAACUUAUCCUAGCUGGGGCAAAUGUGAAUCGCUGUGAGGAAGACGGACGAACGCCGCUCUUCAUCGCCAUUGAGAACAACUGGGAUGGUCUGGCAGCACCACUCGCAGAGAUGGCGAGCCAGAACAGGACCAUGCCAGAUGGGCGCGGGCCACUCCACCUUGCAGCACAAACUGGAAGCACGACGUGGUUGAAAUGUCUGAUGCUCGCAUUUACUCCAAGAGCCAUAAAUAAACCCGACAAUCGUGGUUGGAGCCCGCUACUCUACGCUAUUGAUAGGGGCCAUUUGGAAGUCGUCAAGCUCCUGUUGUUAAACCCGAACUGUGUAGAAAUCGGUGACAAGAACGGAUGGACGCCUCUGCAUGCUGCUAUCAAGCAGCAAAAUCUGGACUGCGCCACGGAGCUACUCAUCUCUAAUGUUCCGAAAUUGCGAUUUUGGGAAUAUGAUCAAGAAGAGCCUGAAAGAGAAAUGGAAGAACCUGACCCUGAGAUGACGGGGAAAUAUGGCGGGGGAUACAGGCCGAGACGGUCCGCUGCAGCAACUAGAGGGGGCCUAAGUCGACGCUCAGAGGAGUGGGCACCAGAAUCAUCAUCGGAACGCCAACCGCAGACGGCAGUCUCGUCGCCAUUACUUCUGGCAGUCUCGUCACCAUUACUUCUGGCAGUCUCCAGCAACUACAAGGUUGGGGUUGAAUUGCUCCUCCGCCAUGCCGAAGCCUAUGGCCGAAAAGAGAUAGGCCUAUUGGAGGAAGAUGGCGAAUGCCUCAAAACAUCGAUGAUUCUAUCUGAAACAACCAUCUUCAAGAGGCUAAUCCCAGUCUCGACAGCAAAGAGCAUACUGGCUGUUCUGCCUGAUUGUCUCGAGAAGGGCGGAGUAUUCAUAGAGACCUUGAAGCAAAGACUUGACAGUGCCUUUGCACACAAGAAGCUUCUACCAGAGGCAUUGUCAGACGACAGGUUGACGCUUGAAAUUGCACAUAUGGUACUGGAUACCUGGCCUGUUCAAGCUACCACGCUUCCAGACAACAUACUUCACCUCGCUAUACAGGUCGGAUAUGACCAUGACGUACACUUGAUGACGCGUCUUAUAGAUGGAGGAGCCAAUACCUCUUAUGUUGACAAAGAAGGGCGAACCCUUUUGCAUGUGGCAAUCAACCACUUCAACUGGCCUGCUACAACCUUUAUGAUUGGCAGUCUGCCAUUUAGCAAAGAGAUAUUAUCCAGUGCUCUUCACAGCCUCGUUGACGUUGCUCCAACACAAGGCAAUGAUAUCGAUCCUGAGAUUCUCUCAAUCUUGAAUCUGCUUCUCGAAAAGGGCGCUGAUGUCACCAGCCAUGAUGGAUCUGACCUCAGCACUUGCCACAUAGCCGCUGGUAGAGAAGAUAGUGCGUUCUUGAAAUGGGCGUUAGAGAACAAUGCUAUACUGGCAGCUCUAACCUCGAAGGAUGAUACUCCAAUUACCGUGGCGGUGAGGUAUCGGAAAUAUGAGAACUUACAAUGCAUUCUCGACAACAUUCUUCAGACUGCGCCAGAGACUCUGAUUGAGUUUCUGACCACGCCAAGUAUUACCAGUGGGACACCCCUCAUACAAGCCAUUGAGCUCUCCGACAUCACAAGCUUGACCAAGCUCGUGGAGGCUGACAAGGCUGCCGAGUUGCUGGUUAAGAAGGAUAUUGAUGAAUGUCAAAGUAGGCGGCUGACAGCUUUCACUGAUGCGCUGUGCAAUGCUAUUCGGAAGCAAUCGGACCAGGCUGCGAUGCUAUUGAUCAAAUCUAUGAGUAACAUCUCAUCGACAAGUUCAUCAGGGGAGACGCCUCUGCAUACAGCUGUGCAGGAGGAAGAUGAAAAGAUGGUAAAGGCCCUUCUCGAGCACGGGGCACAGUUGAACGUACAGCAUCGCGACACCGGAGAGACACCAUAUGCAGUUGCAACAAUCGCCAAUCUGACAAGGAUAAAGGCUAUUCUAAGCGAGCGUCAAGUGGAAUUUCAGCCCCCAGAUAUUAUUGCAGCAGCCAAGGCUGGAGAUGAAGGCUUGGUUGCAAAGGUCUUGGCUGCAUACCCUGAUGACUUCUACAAUCAAAGAAAGGCACUAUUCACAGCACGAAAACUACGACAGAAGAAGAUUGAGAAGACUCUCCACGAAGUUUUAUCAACGGAUACCGAAUCUCCUGUGGUGGACGACAUAGCCAGGAAUGCAUACGGCGAUACAGUUCUGCACCAAGCAGUUCGUGCAAUGAACCCCGAAAAGCUAAGGUCUUUGUGUAGUGGUGAUGACAGAGCGGUACUGGAUGCUUACGACCUGGGAGGUGAUUCUGCGUUGAUGCUUGCUAUCCGAUUGUGUCACUGGAGCGGUGCUGAGGUCUUGGCUAACGCAGGGGCGGAUAUAGAUGAAGCCCUCAAGAAGGCGUAUGCCGAGAAGUGUGAUCUUUGGAUUGAUAAGCUUGUUGAGCUUAAGAAUCGUUAUGGAAGAGUGAGAGGUUUGGUAUAUUCUGUUAGUACAUGAUAGAGGUUAGGAUUAGCUUUAAGUGGCUUGUCUUUAACCUGGCAUGGUUCUAAGCAACAGCCGCCACCAAUUUCUAGGGUCUUCGAGGAUUGACAGUGCACUGACGGAGAGGUA